AUGGCCUCCAGGGCGUCUUUCCCAGAGGUCACCAACGUCACCAACUACCUGUGAGUAAAGUCACUGUGUGUGUGUGUGUUUGGUGUGUGUGUGUGGUGUGUGUGUUUGGUGUGUGGUGUGUGUGUGUGUGUGUGUGUGUGUUUGGUGUGUGUGUAACUGCAGCUGUUUAUUAAUGGUACUGGGUGUGUCCGUGUGGACGUUCAAUGUCAUAACUACAGCUGUUUAUUAAUGGCACUGGGUGUGACCAUGUUUUUCCAAACAAUACCCAGUCUUUAUUAACUCUGUGGGGUCCCACCCCAACCACUACUAAUAGUCUUUAUUCUAACCCUACAGGAGAGAGAACGGUAGUGGAGUCUGUCUUUAUGUCUCUGUGUUACAGGAGAGAGAACGGUAGUGGAGUCUGUCUGGACCUCCAGGUGAUUGAUAAUGUGCCGGGAGCCAAGGUGGAGGAGGAGUCAGAAACGCAUCACUUCCUGGCUGGGAACCUGUACAAGCCCCGGAGACGGGUACGGCCCUGUCAGCGCUGACACACACACACACACACACACACACAAAUCUCAUAAUCACUCUCUAUGGGCCUCUCACGCUAGGCUGUCUAUAUAGAAGAAUACCACCCAUGUGGAAAUGACCAUGACAUCUACUUUAAAAAAAAAAAACAAACAAAAUUUCCCUUUUUUCUUGGGGUUGGGGGGUUUUUUUUUUAAAAUUUUUAAAACUACGCUUUUUUAGGGCCCCAGAAAACAGAAGGGUUCUUUGGUUUUGGGGGAGGGCCCCCUUUUUUGGGGAAAAGGGGAUUUCCCCCAAAAAAAUUUUUGGGCAUUUAAAGUCCCCUUCCAAAACCCAUUGGUUUUUUAAAAAAAUUUCCCCCUUAGGGGUUUUUGAAAGAAGGGUUACCCCCUUAAAAACCCCCCUUUUUAUUUCCAGGGGGGCAACGUCCCCUCUGCCAGGGUCCUCCCCCAAACCUCCAGGGCCUUUUCCCCCCCCCCCAACUAAAAAAAAGGAGAAAGUCACGUUUGGGGGUUUUUUUGGGGGGGGUUUUUUUUGUUGUUGGGGGGGUUUUUUUUUUGGGGGGUGGUUAAAAGAAUUUUUUUUGGUACUUUGUUCCCUUUUGGGUCUUAAAAACUAAGCUGUUUUUUCCCCCGGGUUUUUACCUGUUUUUUCCCAGUCAUUAAUUGGGGGUCCCCCCAUAAAAGCAUUUACCAAGGGGGAAAGGGGGUUUGGGGUUGGGUUUUAAGUUUUUUAAAGGGGGAAAGGGGUUAAUUUCCCCAAAGGUUUUUUUUUUAAAAAAUUUGGGGGGCCGGUGGGGGAAGGAGGGGGAAAAAAAAUUUUGGCAAAAAAAAACCCCGGGGGGUUUCGCCCCUCACCGCUGACCCCCACCCCACCCCAAAAAUCCAUUCCUCUCGGGCCCCAACCGGGGGGAUAUGGGUUUUUGGGGGUGGGGUUUUUUUAAAAAAACUUUAAAAAGGGUUUAAAAAAAAAAAAAAAGGGGCCCCCCCCCCGGGGAAAAGGGAAAAAAAACAAGGGGGAAAAGGGAAAAAAAAGGGGGGAAAAAAAAGGGGGGAGAGGGAGGAAGAAGAAGGGGGGGAAAAAGGGACGAAGGGGGGGGAAAAAAAAAAAAAAAAAAAAAAAAAAAAAAAAAGGGGGAAAAAAAAAGGGAAAAAGAAAGAGGAAAAACAGGGAAGAAGAAAGGGGAAAAAAAAGAAAAAGGGUAAAAAAAAAGGAAAAAGGGGAAAAAAAAAAAAAAAAAAAAAAAAAAAAGGGGGGGGGGGGGGGGGGGGGGGGCCCCCCCCCCCCGGGGGGGGGGGGGUGGGGGGGGGGGGGGGGGGGGGGGCGGGGGGGAAAAAAAAAUUUUUUUUGGGGGGGGGGGGGGGGGGGGGGUGGGGGGGGGGGGGGGGAAAAAAAAAAAAAAGGGGGGGGCCCCCGGGGGGUUCCCCCUCUUUUUUUCUUUCCCCCUCUCUUCCCCCUCUCUCCCCCUUUCCCCCUCCCCUUCCUUCCCUAACCCAACCCCUACAGGGGAACAGACAGGGAAGAAAAACCGGGGGUCCCCGGGGAAAAAGGGGAAAAAAAGGGCUUAAAGACCCCCCACAAACCCCCACGGGAGAGAAAAAAACAACGUCCCCCUUUCCCCUUUUUAAAAGGGAAAAUUUCUUACUUUAAAGAUUUUGGGGGCUGGGCCUUUGUUUUUUUGGAACUUUUAAGCCCGGUGGGGGAAUUUUUUUCUUUUAAAAAAUUUUUGGAGAAAUUUAAGUUGGGAAAAUAAAAAUUUUUUUUUUCGGCUUGCCCCAUUUUUUGGUGGGGCUUCAACGGGGGGGUUUUUUUUUGGGAGGGGGAAGGGGGUUUUUGGGGGGGGGGUGGUUGCGGGGGGGGUUUCCCUUUUGGCCAAACCCUUUUAUUUAAGUGGGGGGGGUUGUUCCCUUGGAGCCCCCUUUUUUUUUAGGGGGCUAUGGGCAGGGGGUUUUUUUGGUUUGGGUCGGUUUUUUAAAAUUUGAAAAACCCCAUUUGGGGGGGAAAUGGGUUUUGGGGUUUUUUUGGGGUGGGGGGUUUCUUGGGUUGGGGGGGGGGGUUUCUUUUUUGGGGGUUUUUGGGGGGGAAGGGGUUUGGGCUGGGCUGGGUUCUCUAUACUGGGUUUUGGGGCUGGGCUGGGUUCUCUAUACUGGGUUUUGGCUGGGCUGGGCUGGGUUCUCUAUACUGGGUUUUGGGCUGGGCUGGUUCUCUAUACUGGGUUUUGGGCUGGGCUGGCUGGGUUCUCUAUACUGGGUUUUGGGCAGGCUGGGCUGGGUUCUCUAUACUGGGUUUUGGGCUGGGCUGGGUUCUCUAUACUGGGUUUUGGGCUGGGCUGGGCUGGGUUCUCUAUACUGGGUUUUGGGCUGGGCUGGGUUCUCUAUACUGGGUUUUGGGCUGGGCUGGGCUGGGUUCUCUAUUACUGGGUUUUUGGGCUGGGCUGGUUCUCUAUACUGGGUUUUGGGGACGGGGGCUAGGCUGGGUUCUCUAUACUGGGUUUUGGGCUGGGCUGGUUCUCUAUACUGGGUUUUGGGCUGGGCUAGGCUGGGUUCUCUAUACUGGGUUUAGGCAGGGCUGGGCUGGGUUCUCUAUAAUGGGUUUUAGGCAGGGCUGGCGCUGGUCUUAUACUGGGUUUUGGGCCUGGGCUGGGUUCUCUAUAAUGGGUUUAGGCAGGCGGGGCUUGGCUGGGUUCUUAUACUGGGUUAGGGCAGGGCUGGGCUGGGUUCUCUAUACGGGUUGUAGGCAAGGGCUGGGCUGGUUCUCUAUACUGGGUUUAGGCAGGGCUGGGCUGGGUUCUCUAUACUGGGUUUUGGGCUGGGCUGGGCUGGUUCUCUAUACUGGGUUUAGGCAGGGCAGAGUCCUCCCUAAGCCUACAGAGGUCAGAAACUGAAGGUCACAGCCUUAGGUGACACUAAAGCCAGUUUUAUCACGAUUGAAUACUUUAGUACAGGACACAUUUCAGACAACUGUGAAACAAGCGAUAUGUGAUAAAUGUUUAUCUAUAGUUGGCGCUCUAUCUCCCUCUCCCCCUCUUCUCCAUCUCUCCUCUCUCUCGCCACCCUCUCUCUCUCCUCUCUCUCUCUCUUCUCUCUCGCCCUCUCUCGCUCUCUCUCUCUCUCCCUCUCUCUCUCUGUGGUGCAUAAAUGACCUUCUGCAUGUCUACCUGUCCUGUUUCACAAUUGGAAUAUCACCUUGCUCUGAACCAACGGAACUCAUCAUAUUACAUUACAUUUACGUUCAUUUAGCAGACGGCUCUUAUCCAGAGACGACUUACUACAAAAGGUGCAUUCACCUUAUAGCAGUGGGAUAAACCACUUUACAAUGUUUGUAUUUAUUAUUUUUUAUUUUUAUUUUAUUAUUUUCUGGGGGGGGGGGGGGGGGGGUUGGAGUAAGGGGGGGGGGGGGGUAGAAAGGAUUAACGUUACCUAUCCCAGGUAUUCCUAAAGAGUGGGGUUUCAAAUGUCUCCGGAAGGUGGGAGUGACUCGCUGUUCCCUGGACGUCGUGAGGGCUGGUCUCCACCAUUGGGGGUGCCAGCGCAGCGAACAGUUUGACUGGCGAGGGGAACAACUAGAGGCUUCCGCAGAGGUAGGGGAGCCAAGGCAGGCCAGAGGUUGUGAACGCCGUGCCCUCGUUUGGGGUGUAGGGACUGAGCAGAGCCUGAAGGACGGGAGACAGGUGCCGUUUCCCCUCCACAGGCUCCGUAGCAAGCACCAUGGUCUUGUAGCAGAUGCGAGCUUCAACUGGAAGGCCAGUGGAGUGGCGGAGGCGAGGGUGGGGGGCCGGUUGGGGGUGCGUGAGAGAAUUGCAGGAGAAGGUUGAAAACCAGACGGGCGUCCUGCGGAAUUUCUGGAUGAGUUUGUAGGGGGUUUAAUUGCACAGGAAGGGCAGCCCCAGCCAACAGCGAGGGCAGUUCAGUAAUCCAGACGGAGAUGACAAGUGCAUGGAUUAGGACAUGUGCCGCUUCCUGUGUAAGCAGGUCGUACUCUCCGAUGUUGUAAGAAGGCAGACCUAAGGGAUCGGGUCAACGCCUGAUGUUAGCGGAGAGAACGACAGGGUGUUGUCCAGGUCACGCCAAGGCUCUUCGCCCCUCUGGGAGGAGGACACAAAACGGAGUUGUCAACCGUGAUGGCGAGAUCAUGGAACGGGCAGUCCUUCCCCGGGAGGAAGAGCAGCUCCGGUCUGCCGAGGUUUAGCUGAGGUGGUGAUCCGGUCAUCCAUACGAUUAUGUCUGCCAGACAUGCAGAGAUGCGAUUCGCCACCUGGUUAUCAGAAGGGGGAAAGAGAAGAUUAGUUGUGUGUCGUCAGCGUAGCAAUGAUAGGAGAGGCCAUGUGAGGAUUAUGAAGAUCCAAGUGACUUGCUGUAUAGCGAGAAGAGGAGAGGGCCUAGACUGGAGCCCUGGGGGACACCAGUGGUGAGAGCACGUGGUGCUCAUAUUCCAAUGAGAUACUGGAAUAUGAGCUAUUAUUCAUUACUAUUCCACUAAGCUGUUGGAGUAAAGGCUAUCACAUUAUUUAAACCUAUAUCCACAGCCAGCCAGCUACCAAAGUCUUCAUUAAACCUAUAUCCACAGCCAGCCAGCUACCAAAGUCUUCAUUAAACCUAUAUCCACAGCCAGCCCGCCAGCUACCAAAGUCUUCAUUAAACCUAUAUCCACAGCCAGCCAGCUACCAAAGUCUUCAUUAAACCUAUAUCCCACAGCCAGCUACCAAAGGCUUCAUUAAACCUAUAUCCACAGCCAGCUACCAAAGUCUUCAUUAAACCUAUAUCCACUGCCAACCAGCUACCAAAGUCUUCAUUAAACCUAUAUCCACAGCCAGCCAGCUACCAAAGUCUUCAUUAAACCUAUAUCCACAGCCAGCCAGCUACCAAAGUCUUCAUUAAACCUAUAUCCACAGCCAGCCAACUACCAAAGGCUUCAUUAAACCUAUAUCCACUGCCAACCAGCUACCAAAGUCUUCAUUAAACCUAUAUCCACUGCCAGCCAGCUACCAAAGUUUUCAUUAAACCUAUAUCCACUGCCAGCCAGCUACCAAAGGCUUCAUUAAAACUAUAUCCACAGCCAGCCAGCUACCAAAGUUUUCAUUAAACCAAUAUCUACAUCUGUGUGUGUCCAGGAUUUACAUUCAUGAACAUAGCCAGGGCCUUCAACGUUAUAGCCAAGGGCCUUCAACGGUAUAGCCAAGGCCUUCAAUGGGAUUGGCAUUUUUUUUUAUUUUUUUUUGUUUUGUUUUUUCACCUUUAUUUAACCAGGUAAACCAGUUGAGAACAAGUUCUCAUUUACAACUGCGACCUGGCCAAGAUAAAGCAAAGCAGUGCGAUAAAAACAACAACACAGAGUUACAUAUGGGGUAAAACAAAACAAAGUCAAAAAUACAACAGAAAUACAUAUAUAUACAGUGUGUGCAAAUUUAGCAAGUUAUGGAGGUAAGGCAAUAAUAAAAUAGGCUAUAGUGCAAAAUAAUUACAAUUAGUAUUAACACUGGAAUGAUAGAUGUGCAAGAGAUGAUGUGCAAAUAGAGAUACUGGGGUAAAAAUGAGCAAAAUAAAUAACAAUAUAGGGAUGAGGUAGUUGGGCGGGCUAAUUUCAGAUGGGCUGUGUACAGGUGCAGUGAUCGGUAAGGUGCUCUGACAACUGAUGCUUAAAGUUAGUGAGGGAGAUAAGUGUCUCCAGCUUCAGAGAUUUUUGCAAUUUGUUCCAGUCAUUGGCAGCAGAGAAACUGGAAGGAAUUGCGGCCAAAGGAGGUGUUGGCUUUGGGGAUGACCAGUGAGAUAUACCCGCUGGAGCGCAGACUACGGGUGGGUGUUGCUAUGGUGACCAAUGAGCUAAGAUAAGGCAGGGAUUUGCCUAGCAGUGAUUUAUAGAUGGCCUGGAGCCAGUGGGUUUGGCGACGAAUAUGUAGUGAGGACCAGCCAACAAGAGCGUACAGGUCACAGUGGUGGGUAGUAUAUGGGGUUUUUGGAGACAAAACGGAUGGCACUGUGAUAGACUACAUCCAAUUUGCUGAGUAGAGUGUUGGAGGCUAUUUUGUAAUGACAUCGCCGAAGUCAAGGAUCGGUAGGAUAGUCAGUUUUACGAGGGCAUGUUGGCAGCAUGAGUGAAGGAGGCUUUGUUGCGAAAUAGGAAACCGAUUCUAGAUUUAACUUUGGAUUGGAGAUUCUUAAUGUGAGUCUGGAAGGAGAGUUUACAGUCUAACCAGACACCUAGAUAUUUGUAGUUGUCCACAUACUCUAGGUCAGACCCGUCGAGAGUAGUGAUUCUAGUCGGGUGGGCGGGUGCAAGCAGCGUUCGGUUUGAAGAGCAUGCAUUUAGUUUUACUAGUGUUUAAGAGCAGUUGGAGGCUACUGAAGGAGUGUUGUAUGGAAUUGAAGCUCGUUUGGAGGUUUGUUAACACAGUGUCCAAUGAAGGGCCAGAUGUUAUACAAAAUGGUGUCGUCUGCGUAGAGGUGGAUCUGAGAGUCACCAGCAGCAAGAGCGACGUCAUUGAUAUGCACAGAGAAAAAGAGUCGGCCCAAGAAUUGAACCCUGUGGCACCCCCAUAGAGACUGCCAUAGGUCCAGACAACAGGCCCUCCGAUUUGACACAUUGAACUCUAUCUGAGAAGUAGUUGGUGAACCAGGCGAGGCAGUCAUUUGAGAAAACCAAGGCUAUUUAGUCUGCCAAUAAGAAUGCGGUGGUUGACAGAGUCGAAAGCCUUGGCCAGGUCAAUGAAAACGGCUGCACAGUACUGUCUAUUAUCGAUCGCGGUUAUAAUAUCGUUUAGGACCUUGAGCGUGGCUGGAAGUGCACCCAUGACCAGCUCGGAAACCGGAUUGCAUAGCGGAGAAGGUACGGUGGGAUUCGAAAUGGUCGGUGAUCUGUUUGUUGACUUGGCUUUCAAAAACUUUUGAAAGGCAGGGCAGGAUGGAUAUGGGUCUGUAACAGUUUGGAUCUAGAGUGUCACCCCCUUUGAAGAGGGGGAUGACCGCGGCAGCUUUCCAAUCUCUGGGGAUCUCAGACGUUACGAAAGAGAGGUUGAACAGGCUAGUAAUAGGGGUUGCGACAAUUUCAGCGGCUAGUUUUAGAAAGAAAGGGUCCAGAUUGUCUAGCCCAGAUGAUUUGUAGGGGUCCAGAUUUUGCAGCUCUUUUAGAACAUCAGCUGUCUGGAUUUGUGUGAAGGAGAAGCGGGGGGGGGGCAUGGGCAAGUUGCAGCGGAGGGUGCAGAGCUGGUGGCCGGGGUAGUGGUAGCCAGGUGGAAGCAUGGCCAGCCGUAGCAAAAUGCUUGUUGAAAUUCUCGAUUAUUGUAGAUUUAUCGGUGGUGAUAGUGUUUCCUAGCCUCAGUGCAGUUGUCACGGAUUCUGCCGAGGCUGCUCCCCCUCCUGGUACGAGCAGGCGUCGGCGGUCGCCGUCCCCGGAGUACUAGCUGCCACCGAUCUAUGUUUCUGUGUGUGAUUGCUUUUGUCUGUCUGUCACACCUGUGUCCUAUUGUGUAUUCAUCACCUGUCCUAUAAGUUCCGUCUUUUUGCUUGGUAGGAUUGUGUGUGUUGUUCGCCUGUCGUUGUGCUGCGUGUUUUGUUUCUUGUUUGCAUUUUUUGUGUUUUACGCAUGUUGCGUAAAUGCUCGCCUCUUGUUGUUUUGAGGUCGUUUGUUUUCCGUUUCCUUUUGGAAAUUUUGAGUAAACUCUGUUGGACUGAGCCUCGGUGUCCUGCGCCUGACUUCCACCACACAUACACCUCACCUCAUGACAGCAGUGGGCAGCUGGGAGGAAGUGCUCUUAUUUUCCAUGGACUUUACAGUGUCCCAAAACUUUUUGGAGUUAGUGCUACAGGAUGCAAAUUUCUGUUUGAAAAAGUUAGCCUUUGCUUUCCUAACUGCUUGUGUAUAUUGGUUCCUAACUUCCCUGAAAAGUUGCAUAUCGCGGGGGGCUAUUUGAUGCUAAUGCAGUACGCCACAGGAUGUUUUUGUGCUGGUCAAGGGCAGUCAAGUCUGAGGAGAACCAGGGGCUAUAUCUGUUCUUAGUUCUGUAUUUUUUGAAUGGGGCAUGUCUAUUUAAGAUUGAGAGGAAAUUACUUUUAAAGAACAACCAGGCAUCCUCUACUGACGGAAUGAGAUCUAUAUCCAUCCAGGAUACCUGGGCCAGGUCAAUUAGGAAGGCCUGCUCGCUGAAGUGUUUUUGGGAGCGUUUGACAGUGAUGAGGGGUGGUCGUUUGACCGCGGACCCGUUACGGACGCAGGCAAUAAGGCAGUGAUCGCUGAGAUCCUGGUUGAAGACAGCGGAGGUGUAUUUAGAGGGUAAGUUAGUCAGGAUGAUAUCUAUGAGGGUACCCAUGUUUACGGAUUUAGGGUUGUACCUGGUAGGUUUGUUGAUAAUUUGUGUGAGAUUGAGGGCAUCUAGUUUAGAUUGUAGGAUGGCCGGGGUGUUAAGCAUAUCCCAAUUUAGGUCACCAAGCAGGACAAACUCUGAGGAUAGAUGGGGGGCAAUCAAUUCACAUAUGGUGUCCAGGGCACAGCUGGGGACUGAGGGGGGUCUGUAGCAAGCGGCAACAGUGAGAGAUUUAUUUCUGGAAAGGUGGAUUUUUAGAAGUAGAAGCUCAAACUGUUUGGGCACAGACCUGGAUAGUAUGAUUAGAGCUCUGCAGGCUAUCUCUACAGUAGAUUGCAACUCCACCCCCUUUGGCAGUUCUAUCUAGACGGAAAAUGUUAUAGUUGGGGAUGGAAAUUUCAGAAUUUUUGGUGGCCUUCCUAAGCCAGGAUCAGACACUGCUAGAACAUCAGGGUUGGCGGAGUGUGCUAACGCAGUGAAUAACUCAAACUUAGGAAGGAGGCUUCUGAUAUUUAUGUGCAGAAAACCAAGACUUUUAUGGUUACAGAGUCAACAAAUGAUAGCUCCUGGGGAGUAGGAGUGAUACUGGGGGCUCAGGGCCUGGGUUAGCCUCUACAUCACCAGAGGAACAGAGGAGGACUAGAAUAAGGAUACGGCUAAAGGCUUUAAGAACUGGUCUUCUAGUGCGUUGGGUACAUAGAAUAAAGGGGGCAGUUCUCCGGGCGUUGUAGAAAAGAUUCAGGGCAUUAUGUACAGAAAAGGAUAUGGAAGGAUAUGAGUACAGUUCAGGUAACCCUAAGCGUUGGGUAACAAUGAAAGAGAUAGCGUCAUUGGAGGCACCGAUUGAGCCAGUCUCGGCGUGUAUGGGGGGUGAAACAAAGGAACUAUAUGAGGCAGUUUGAGAGGGACUAGGGGUUCUACAGUGAAAUUGUAUAAUAAGAACUAACCCAAACAGCAAUAGGCAAGGCAUAAUUGACAUGGGAGAGAGGCAUAAAGCAGUCACAGGUGUUAUUAGAGAGAGCUAAGACAACAACUGGAAAUAGCGAUAACGUUUGGGCUAAGACUAAACAGAAUAAACAGGACAGGGGUACCGUGUAAAGGAACAGUCCAGCAGGCAUCAGCUGUGCAGCUGAGUGAUCAUAAGGUCCAGUGAACAGCAAUAUGUGAGUCCGAGAGCAGUUCAAAUUGGUGCUUCAGCACAGCUAGCAGGGAGCACAGUUGUAGUUUGCGUUGUGCUAGUGGGCCGGGGCUGGCAGAUGGAUCUUCGUGGUCGUCGCAACUGGAAGCCUGAUGAAACCACAUCAGACUAUUUCGUCGGCAAACCAGUCGUGUUGGAUCGGCAGGGCUCAGUGUCAACACUAGGAGGUCCCGUCCGGUUGACAGAGAGGUAGAUAGCCGGGAGAUGGGCCUGAGGCUAGCUCAAGGCUAACUGGUGCUUGCUAUAGGGCAAUGGUAAUCAGCCAACAACAGGUUGCAGCUAGCUAGCUGGUUGUGAUGAUCCGGCGCUAGGGUCCAGUGAUUCCGACAGAAAGUCCAAUAAGCUCUGGGUCGAUAGCACGCUGGGUCGAUAGCUCGCUGUGCAGACUGGCCGACGAAUUGUCCAGGCUAGAGCUAGAGCUGGCUGGUGGAUAGUGUAGGCCACGGACAGUGGUGAAGACGCUAACGGUGACUAAUAGCAGGUAGCCAUUCAGUUGCAGCUACACUAGUAUCAGCUUACGGUUCUUGAUGAAAGUUAUAAAGAAAUAAUAGAAUCCUUUCCACGUUGGGUGAGGCGGGUUGCAGGAAAGUAUAUUUAGUUAAAGAAUGAAAAGUAAAAAUUGAGAGAUAUAUACAAAAUAGACAAAAAAAACAAGAAACGGGAUAUUUACACAAGGACGAUGAAAUAAAAGCGACCGCACUGCUAUGCCAUCUUGGAUCUAGGGGUCUUGGAUAGGACCCUGUCCUAUCCUUCAACGGUAUAGCCAGGGCCUUCAACGGUAUAGCCAGGGCCUUCAACGGUAUAGCCAGGGCCUUCAACGGGAUAGCCAGGGCCUUGGACCGUUCUCUGUUGUGGAAGGGAGAAAUAUGAAGUAAUCAGAGGAGUCUGGUGGGAGGAGCUAUAGGAGGAUGGGCUCAUGGUAUUGGCUGGAAUGGAAUCAAUGGAAUGGUAUCAAACACAUGGAAACAAUAUGUUUGACUCCGUUUCCAUUGAUUCCAUUCCAGCCAUUCCUGUAAUAGACAUUAGAACUGGUUUCCUGUGGGUCCUUCCUGUAAUAGACAUUAGAACUGGUUUCCUGUGGGUCCUUCCUGUAAUAGACAUUAGAACUGGUUUCCUGUGGGUCCUUCCUGUAAUAGACAUUAGAACUGGUGUUUUCUCUCCCUCCCACAGCGAAGAGGAUCAGACGUAAAAGAACAGGACCUCAACGACAAACCUCGACGAAACGUCAGCUGGCAAGACAAAGGUGGGUCACUCACUAAACACACCGGAAAUUUAGUCUGGCCUCUAUGAUUUCAAUAUCAUUCCAUCAUAACCUGUGUUCCCAGCUGUCACUCAAACAAUUUCUGUGGGUACUGGAAUCUAGGGCUACAUUCCAAUAUCCACACUAGUACAUUAUCUAGGAUGCUCGGCCAAAACAUUGGUUCACACUAGUGUGGACACAGGGACAGAGCAUAGGAGUUGGUUGAAGUAGAAAAAAAAAAAAGAUAAGAGUUGCUGUCAUAGUGCAUUGAUCAUGUGUCUGUGAUGCCCCCUCAGAUCCUGUGAUGGUGCAUUGUGGGUAGUGUAGUGUUCAUGUGUCUGUGAUGCCCCCUCAGAUCCUGUGAUGGUGCAUUGUGGGUAGUGUAGUGUUCAUGUGUCUGUGAUGCCCCCUCAGAUCCUAUGGUAGUGCCAGUGGAUUCGGAGGAUGAGAAGGGGGAGGACUUGGAGCCAGAGAAGGAGGAGGACAUUGGCAUCACCUUCGUGGCUCGAAAGGUUCCAGAGACGCCCAAAGAACGGCCCAAAUCUGGUAAGGACACAUUGACACAGGGGAGACUAGAAACCUCAGAAAAUGGCCUCGUGUCCCUGUCUAAUACUGUAUUCAUACAUUAACUGUAAUUUGGAAUAUCUUCAUUAGAAUAUGAAUUCAUGGCCUCCCGAGUGGCGCAGCGGGCUAAGGCACUGCAUCGCAGUGCUUGAGGCGUCACUACAGACCCGGGUUCGAUCCCAGGCUGUGUCACAACCGGCCCGUGACCGGGAGUCCCAUAGGGCGGCGCACAAUUGGCCCAGCGUCGUCCGGGUUAGGGGAGGGUUUGGCCGGGGGGGGGGCUUUACUUGGCUCAUCGCGCUCUAGCGACUCCUUGUGGUGGGGCCGGGUGCCUGCAGGCUGACCUCGGUCGUCAGGUGAACGGUGUUUCCUCCGACACAUUGGUGCGGCUGGCUUCUGGGUUAAGCGGGCGGGUGUUAAGAAGCGCGGUUUGGCGGGUCACGUUUCGGAGGACGCAUGACUCGACCGUCGCCUCUCCCGAGCCCUUUGGGGAGUUGCAGCGAUGAGACAAGAUCGCAAUUGGAUAUCACGAAAUUGGGGAAACGGGGUAAAAUACAACAAAGAAUAAUAAUACAAAAGAAAGUAAGAAUAAUAAUUCAUUAGAAUCAAUAGAAUAUCAAAAUGUAAAGACACACAUUGGGUAUUCAUUGUUUUUAAAGUAUUUUGAUGUCUGCUAGAUACAGUGUAGCUCAGUUGGUAGAGCAUGGCGCUUGCAACGCCAGGGUUGUGGGUUCGAUUCCCACGGGGGGGCCAGUAUGAAAAAUGCAUGCACUCACUAACUGUAAGUCGCUCUGGAUAAGAGCGUCAGCGUUAAAAUGACUAAAAUGUAAAAAAAAUGUAAAAUGUAAGUAUGCCAGAGAUGGUAUUUAGAUAUAUUGUAAUGUUACAGCCAGGAUCCUGACUGUAUGUUCCUCUGUCUGACCUGUGUCCUGUCUCAGUCCCGGCUGGUCUGGAGGUGUGUCAGAGCCCCUCCGUGGCCCCCCCGUCCCCCACCUGCGGUGAGAGGAACCUGCCCUGGAAGGGCGGCAUUGGAACCCUGCCGGUGUGUGUCUCCAUGGAGGCUACUAAGAUCAUCCCCAUAGAUCUGCAGCAGGCCUGGAACCAGAGCAUCUCCUCCUUAGAGAGCCUGGGCUCCCCGCCGGUCCCCGUGGAAGCCCUACACCCCCGCGUCAGCGCCCUCUCCAGGCUGGGUGGGCCCCGUCCUGUCUCAUACUCUGGUAGUGGAGUGAGCGGGGCCGGUUCUGGAUCCAGAGGGGCUGGAGGAGGAGGAGGAGUGGGGUCAAUAGUGGCUCAGGGCAUCGCUCGGUUUGAGUUCCCCCCAGGAGGAGAGGAGAAGGAGGAGGAAGAGGGGGCCUUGUCUGACCAGGAGCAGGAGCUGCAGCCCCUCAUGUCAUCCUCUGUGAGGCCCCCUGGCCCCCCACCCCCUCCCCCACUGGCCCAGGGUCUAGGGCGGAGGAGGAACCCCUGUGUGUACCUGAGGAGCCUGGUCACAGCGCCCCCUCCUGGCAGUGAGCCGCUGGCGCGCAGCAGAGGGCCCACUCAGCUGUAA